AAGUCCAUAACCACAAGAUCUAAAUUUCUCCAUCAACCUCACUUCAUUUCCGUCGACCAAAAUUAGGGUUUUAGAUUUGUAGAGUUAUAUCAUUUCCGCCUCACUCUCUCUCUUUCUCUCUCCUCGGAGAUCCUGCAAUCAUGGCGACCCAGAUGAGCAAGAAGCGAAAGUUCGUCGCUGAUGGUGUCUUCUACGCUGAACUCAACGAAGUUUUCACUCGAGAGCUUGCUGAAGAUGGUUACUCUGGUGUCGAAGUUAGGGUUACUCCUAUGCGUACUGAGAUCAUCAUUAGGGCUACUCGUACCCAAAAUGUUCUUGGUGAGAAGGGAAGAAGGAUUAGGGAGCUGACCUCGGUUGUUCAGAAGAGGUUCAAGUUUCCAGAAAACACUGUUGAAUUGUAUGCUGAGAAGGUAAACAACAGGGGUCUUUGCGCUAUUGCUCAGUGCGAGUCUCUUCGUUACAAGCUUCUCGGUGGUCUUGCUGUCAGAAGGGCGUGUUAUGGUGUUUUGAGAUUUGUCAUGGAAAGUGGUGCCAAGGGUUGUGAGGUCAUUGUUAGUGGGAAAUUGAGGGCACAGCGUGCUAAGUCCAUGAAGUUCAAGGAUGGAUAUAUGAUUUCCUCUGGUCAACCAGUUGUUGAGUACAUUGACUCAGCUAUUCGACACGUGCUUCUUAGACAGGGAGUGCUCGGAAUUAAGGUUAAGAUCAUGCUUGACUGGGAUCCCAAGGGAAAGAUUGGACCUCAAAAGCCAAUCCCUGAUGUUGUUGUUAUCCUCCCACCAAAGGAAGAUGAGGUCUAUGCUAGGGUUCCAGUCUUGGCGCCAGAAGUUGAUCUUGUAGAUUCCAGUGGACCAGUACCUGUUGCCGUUGCAUAAGCAGAUUCACUAGGCUAGUUUACAGUACCUGUAAUCCUCAUUUUAGGUUUUCUUUUGUUUCAUGUCAGCUUAAUGUUAAUCUUUUGCUGAAUUUCAGCAAAGAUUGUACAAAUGUGUCAUGGAGCUAUAUUGCAUGCUGUAAUUUCAAUACCCCAUUUUGAAAAAAGUUAUUUGUUGGCUUUAAGUUUGGGAGGACACUUACUCUUAUUAGAAGAAUACUUAGCCUGAUGAAGGACUCUCCCUGAUUUUGUGCUUUCAUCAGGUUUUUGUUAUUUUUUAAAA